CCAUUUUUUCCUGGUCUUGGAAAUGGAGGGUUCUAAUAAUGUUUAUUCUAGAGCUGGUAGCUCUUCUUCCACAACAUGGCAACUCAAUUCUGAUGACAUUUUCUCAAAAUCUUCACGAGAAGACGAGGAGGAAGCUCUAAUAUGGGCUGCACUUCAAAGAUUACCCACUUACAAACGCUUAAAAACUGGCAUGCUUUCAUCAUCUUCAAAACGUGGAGCCAUUGAAGUGGAUAUCCAAAAUAUUGAAUUGCAGGAAAGACAAUCUUUGCUUCAGAGAUUGGUCAAAAUAGAUGAUAAUGAGAGGUUCUUAUGGAAGAUAAAGAAUCGUGUUGACAGAGUUGGACUGAAGUUUCCAACUGUAGAAGUCCGAUUUGAACAGCUAAAUGUUGAGGCACAAGUUGAUGCAGGGAGCAGAACUCUUCCUUCACUCAUCAGUUUCUUUCUGAACAUACUACAUAGUAUUUUAAAAGGCCUGCAUAUCCUCCCGAGCAAAAAGAUUGAUCUUCCUAUCCUUAGAGAUGUUAGUGGAAUCAUCCAUCCGUCAAGGAUGACAUUGCUUCUUGGACCCCCGAGUUCUGGAAAAACCACACUCCUGUUGGCACUGGCUGGGAAGUUGGACCGAAAUCUAAAGUUUUCUGGUAGCGUAACUUAUAAUGGACAUGGGAUGAAUGAGUUCAUACCCCAAAGAAUUGCUGCUUAUAUUGGUCAACAUGAUCUUCAUAUAGGAGAAAUGACUGUGAGGGAAACUUUGGCAUUUGCCGCAAGAUGCCAAGGGGUUGGGCUUCGUCAUGAGAUGUUGGCGGAGUUGUUGAGAAGAGAGAAAGCGGAAAAUGUUAAACCUGAUCCUGAUAUUGAUGUCUUCAUGAAGGCGGCUGCAAUUGAAGGUCAGGAGGUGAAUGUGAUGACAGAUUAUGUUCUCAAGAUAUUAGGAUUGGAAGCUUGUGCAGAUAUCAUGGUAGGGAAUGCAAUGAUUAGGGGCAUAUCAGGAGGGCAACAGAAGCGUCUUACAACUGGAGAAAUGCUUGUUGGACCAGCCAGAGGUCUCUUUAUGGAUGAGAUUUCUAAUGGCUUGGACAGCUCAACGACUUACCAAAUCGUGCGCUCGUUGAGGCAAUUCAUUCGCAUUCUCAACGGAACAGCUGUCAUCUCUCUUCUACAACCAGCUCCAGAAACAUUUGAACUUUUUGAUGACAUUAUUCUGCUUUCUGAUGGCCAGAUUGUGUACCACGGUCCUCGUGCAAAUGUGCUUGAAUUUUUUGAACACAUGGGCUUCAAGUGUCCUGAACGAAAAGGUGUAGCUGACUUCUUGCAAGAAGUAACUUCCAGGAAAGAUCAGGGACAGUAUUGGGCACGGAACGGUGAGCCUUACACUUUUAUGACAGUGAAAGAAUUUGUUGAGGCAUUUCAGUCAUUUCAUGUGGGACAAAACAUUAAAGAUAAGAUUUCAACUCCAUUUAACAAGGUUGAGAGUGAUCCAGCUGCAUUAACAUCUCGAAAAUAUGGUGUUGAUAAUGUGGAGUUGUUUAAAGCUUGCUUCUCAAGAGAACUCCUGCUUUUGAAGAGAAAUGCAUUUCUCUAUGUUUUCAAGAACAUUCAAGCUUCAAUCAUGGCAGUUAUUGCAAUGACUGUCUUUUUCCGAACUGAAAUGCACCGAGAUUCAGUCAUUGGUGGGGGAAAAUAUUUAGGUGCUUUAUUCUAUUCUUUGCUCGUUUCGAUGUUUAAUGGCCUGGUGGAGGCUCCCUUGACACUUGCAAGACUCCCAGUAUUUUAUAAGGAAAGGGACUCCCUAUUCUAUUCUUCAUGGGCAUUUUCUCUUCCUCAUCUGGUCCUUAAGAUUCCUAUAUCAAUCAUGGAAGUUGCAGUUUGGGUGGUAAUUACAUAUUAUGGAAUUGGAUUUGAUCCAAAUGUUGGAAGGUUCUUUAAGCAGUAUCUUCUGCUAAUCCUUGUUAAGCAGAUGGCUUCUGCAUUGUUUCAAUUUAUUGCAGCAACUGGAAGAGACAUGGUAAUUGCUAACAGCGUCGGGAUAUAUAUAUCACUUGUAAUUUUUUCAUCAGGCGGCUUUAUCCUUUCUCAAGAUAUGAUAAAGAAAUGGUGGAAAUGGGCUUACUGGAUAUCACCGAUGAUGUAUGGACAGAAUGCAAUAACAAUCAAUGAGUUACUUGGAAAAAGUUGGAGCCAUGUUCUCCCAAACUCGACAGAAACUCUAGGAGCUGAGGUUCUCAAUUCUCGUGCGUUCUUCACGGAUGCAUACUGGUAUUGGAUUGGAGUCGGGGCAUUGUUUGGAUAUACAUUUUUAUUUAACUCCUGCUACAUUAUGGCUCUCACUUUCCUUGGCCCGCUCAAGAAACCUCAAACUAUUAUACCUACAGAGUCUCAGAGUAAUGGACCAGGAGAUAGCCAACAAGAAGGAAGCCGCAGUGGAGUUGGUCAGAGCAGUUCAUAUAGGUCCUUCGAAAAAGGGUCCAGUCCAGCAGUAGAGACCAUUGAUGUGGCCAACCAUGACAAGAAAAAGGGCAUGGUUCUUCCAUUCGAACCUCAUUUCAUCACCUUCAAUGAAAUUACUUACUCUAUUGACAUGCCACUGGAAAUGAAAAAUCAGGGAGUGAUUGAAGAUAAAUUGAUGCUUAUACAUGAUGUGAGUGGUGCUUUUAGGCCAGGUGUUCUUACAGCUUUGAUGGGUGUUACUGGUGCUGGUAAAACCACUAUGAUGGAUGUGCUGGCUGGUAGAAAAACUACUGGGUAUACACAGGGGACCAUUACAAUUUCCGGUUACCCAAAGAAGCAAGAAACAUUUGCUAGAAUUUCAGGAUAUUGUGAGCAAAAUGACAUCCAUUCUCCGAAUGUUACUGUUUUUGAAUCCUUGUUCUACUCAGCUUGGCUUCGUCUACCGAUAGAAGUUGAUGCCAAAACCAGAAAGAUGUUCAUUGAGGAAGUCAUGGAGCUAGUUGAACUGAAUCACUUGAGACAUGCACUUAUAGGAUUGCCUGGUGUAAAUGGUCUUUCUACUGAGCAGCGUAAGCGACUAACCAUUGCGGUUGAACUUGUGGCAAACCCCUCUAUAAUAUUCAUGGAUGAGCCAACUUCAGGACUGGAUGCAAGAGCUGCUGCAAUUGUUAUGAGAACGGUUAGAAAUACUGUGGAUACAGGAAGAACAGUUGUUUGCACAAUACAUCAGCCAAGCAUCGACAUAUUUGAAAGUUUUGAUGAGCUUAUCCUGUUGAAGCAAGGAGGACAAGAAAUUUACGUCGGACCACUGGGUCACAAUUCUUCCCAUCUUGUCAAGUAUUUUGAGGGAAUUGAAGCAGUAAAUAAAAUAAAAGAUGGUUACAAUCCAGCAACUUGGAUGUUAGAAGUUACUGCUCCUGCACAAGAAAUAUCUUUGAGGAUUGAUUUUGCUGAUAUAUACCGAAAUUCAGAACAGUUCAGGAGAACUAAAGCAGUAAUUAAUGAAUUAAACAAACCAGUUCCUGGAUCAAAGGAUCUAUAUUUCCGUACACAGUAUGCACAGUCACUUUUUUUCCAGUUCAUCGCUUGCUUGUGGAAGCAACGAAGUUCAUACUGGCGUAAUUCGUCAUACACUGCAGUAAGAUUUAUCCACACAAUAGUUAUAGCUUUAACGUUGGGGACAAUGUUCUGGAGGCUUGGCUCCAAAACGAAAAGAAAAACUGAUCUUCUAAAUGCAAUGGGUUCAUUGUAUGCUGCUGUUUUGUUCCUUGGUAUAAGAAAUGCAGGGAUUGUUCAGGCAGUAGUGGCUGUUGAAAGAAGUGUUUUCUACCGAGAAAGGGCCGCUGGAAUGUAUUCAGCUUUCCCCUACGCCUUUGCACAACUUCUCGUCGAGUUACCAUAUACGUUUGUGGAAGCUAUGGCUUAUGGUUUAAUUGUUUACACAAUGAUGGGGUUUGAAUUCACUGCUGUAAAAAUCUUUUGGUAUUUAUUCUUCAUCUACUUCACAUUGUUGUAUUUCACCUUCUAUGGUAUGAUGGCUGUGGCAAUGACACCGAAUCAACAAAUUUCAAUGAUUGUUUCUACUGCAUUUUAUUCGAUAUGGAACCUUUUCUCAGGUUACAUUAUCCCACGAACGCAAAUUCCUAUAUGGUGGAGAUGGUGCACUUGGACAAGCCCAGUGUCGUGGACAUUAUAUGGAUUAUUUGCAUCGCAAUUCGGAGAUUUAAAGGAUACAGUUACGGCAGAAGAAACGGUGGAACAUUUUCUAAGAACAUAUUUUGGUUAUAGACAUGACUUUCUAGGAGUUGUUGCUGUUGUUGUUGUUGGAUUCACUAUACUAUUUGCAUUUGUUUUUGUGGUUUCCAUUAAGAUGUUUACCUUUCAAAGGCGUUAGAUCUGUGCAUGCCUGCAUGAAGAGAAGAAAUUGGUGAAUUCAGUUCAUUACGUAGAAUUAUAAAUUUUCCGCUUA